UGCUAGGUUAUGGUUUUAUUGACGCUGUUGUGUUUCUAAUUGGCAUUAUAGUAGCAAACGUUCCUGAAGGUCUACUUGUAACUGUAACUGUAUGCUUAACCCUUACUGCCAAACGUAUGGCUUCAAAAAAUUGUUUGGUUAAGAAUUUAGAAGCCGUGGAGACUUUAGGGUCGACAUCAACAAUCUGUUCUGAUAAAACAGGAACUUUGACACAGAAUCGAAUGACAGUUGCCCAUUUGUGGUAUGAUCACACAAUAACGGAAUCUGAUACCACCGAGUCUUUCCGGGGAUCACAUUUUAAAAUUGAGGAUAAAUCGUUUAAUGCUCUUCUUCUGUGUGCUGCUCUUUGCAACUCGGCUGAAUUCAAGGGUGGACAAGAAGACAUACCAGUUUUUAAAAAAGAUGUUAAUGGAAACGCUUCUGAGGCAGCACUUUUGAAAUUCGCCGAGACGAUUUUGGGAGGUGUUGGAGCAGUUCGCCAAAAGCAUACAAAAAUUACUGAAAUUCCGUUUAAUUCAACAGAAAAGUACCAAGUUUCCGUUCACGAAUUUAAUUCAAGUGAUGGAUAUUUUAUCGUUGAAAUGAAAGGAGCCCCAGAAAGAAUUUUGGAUCGAUGUGAUAUGAUAAUAAUUCAGGGGCAAUCCAUAGAACUUACACCUAAAUUAAGAACGGAAUUCGAAGAAGCUUAUUUGGAGAUGGGCGGUAUGGGUGAAAGGGUUUUAGGAUUCGCAGAUCUUAAACUUUCUAUGUCUCAGUAUCCAAAAUCUUACGAGUUUAGCACAGAACCUCCAAAUUUUCCCUUAGAAAAUCUUCGUUUUUUAGGACUAAUAUCCUUAAUAGACCCACCUCGUGCGGCAGUUCCAGAUGCGGUAGCGAAAUGCCGCUCAGCUGGUGUACGAGUAAUUAUGGUAACUGGAGAUCAUCCUAUUACAGCUAAAGCUAUAGCCCGUAGUGUAGGUAUUAUUACGAAGCCCACUGCUGAGGAUAUUGCCAAACAACGUGGCGUUAAAGUAAAUGAGGUUGAUCCUCGACAAGCUAGUGCUAUCGUGGUACAUGGUGGUGAGCUUCGUGAGAUGAAGGUGGAAGAAUUAGAUGCUGUUAUUUACUAUCACAACGAAAUUGUUUUUGCACGAACGUCACCACAACAAAAGUUAAUAAUCGUAGAAGCGUGUCAAAGACGUGGUGAAAUUGUUGCCGUUACUGGUGAUGGUGUUAAUGACUCGCCGGCUUUAAAGAGAGCUGAUAUUGGUGUUGCAAUGGGCAUUUCUGGAUCUGAUGUUUCUAAGCAGGCAGCGGACAUGAUUUUGCUAGAUGAUAAUUUUGCAUCAAUAGUUGUGGGUAUUGAAGAAGGACGGAUUAUAUUCGACAACUUAAAAAAAUCCAUCGCUUAUACGUUGACAUCUAAUCUUCCGGAAAUAAUGCCGUUCUUAUGUUUUGUUAUGUUUGAUAUACCUUUAGCUCUAGGCACAAUAGCGAUUCUGUGCAUCGAUAUUGGCACUGAUAUGCUCCCUGCAAUAUCGCUAGCUUACGAAAAAGCGGAAUCAGACAUAAUGUCUCGUAUGCCGAGAGAUCCAUUUGAAGACCGUUUGGUAAAUAAAAAACUUGUUGGAAUUAGAGGAGCAUGGGACGCAAAAGAAGUUGAAGAUCUUGAAGACGGUUACGGGCAAGAAUGGACCUAUAGAGAACGUAAGGUUCUUGAGUAUACUGCUGGCACCGGCUUUUUUGUCUCUAUUGUAGUAACACAGGUUUUUGACCUUUUAAUAUGUAAAACUCGUCGAAACUCAAUACUGCAACAAGGUAUGGGCAAUCAUGUACUUAACUUCGCGCUGGUUCUUGAAAUUAUCAUUGCUUGCCUGCUUUGCUACGUGCCAGUAUUUGAAAAAACAUUAAGAAUGUAUUCCAUAAAAUUUAUCUGGUGGAUAUACGCAUUCCCUUUCGGCUUAUUAAUUUUCUUUUUUGAUGAAGGUCGUCGGUUUCUAAUAAGACGGAAUCCAGGUGGUUGGGUGGAGCAAGAAACAUAUUAUUAAUUUAUGUUUUACCACUCUAGAUAUACCAAUAAAACUCUGUCGCUUGCUAUUUCUUAAAGUA